GGGGACGCCCGCUUCCCGCUGCGCUUCGCCGUGCUGGUGGCCGGCUUCCCCAGCCGCGCGCCCGCCCACGCCCGCUUCUACGCGGAGCCGCUGGCGCUGCCCAGCCUGCACGUGGUGGGGCACACGGACGCCGUGAUCCCGCCCGCCUGGAGCACCGAGCUGGCCGCCUGCUUCGUGGACCCCGUGGUGCUCACGCACCCGGGCGGGCACUUCGUCCCUGCCGCCGCGCCGCAGCGCGAAGUCUACCGCCAGUUCCUGGGCCGCUUCCUGGCGUGACCGUGGCUGGAGCAGGCUCGGC